AUGGGUCAUGGUCACGUCGGUUCGGACGUUUUAAGCUCGGGCAACUCGGAGGAUUACUCGCACGGAUUACAGCUAAGCGGGGUGUACUGGGAGACUGGCCACCGAACAUACGUGCCUUUUUGGAGUAGUUUGGUGGUAAAAUUUACUCCCAAACUAAUCGAUGAUCAGUUGCGAGGUUUACUAGGUCACGCAUUACCGGUGGCUUACGAGCCAUUUGUAUUUUACGGUCGUUCGUCCUACUUUCGUAGUUACAUUGGUGACCCUGACGUGAGUACAGUUCACCCAUUACGUCGUCGUACUAACUUUUCCUUUUAUCCCACAGGCGGCAUGAGCUUGGGAGUUCUGGAAAGUAGGCUUCAAUUGCUUGGUGAUUCCAAGCACGAAACCCGCGAAAAGGUGUUCCGCGAGGUAAUGCAUUCUGCCAAGCAGUUGGAUAUGUCACAAUAA